AUGAAGAAAACAUCAGGCCACAGUUUGCAUCAGUCAAACCAAAGAAAAAGGAAAGUUGGUGUCCAAGAUAGAAGUGCAGGCAAUGGCACGCAGAGGCAGAGUGUUGAGAACCAUACUGUGCUGAGAUAUUUCAAUUCUGUCAAGAAAGUUUUUGCAUCUUUUCUUUCUGGGAAAAGUAAAUCAGCCUCAGAAGCCCCUCAAAGUGAUGACGGAAAGAAUACACACAAAGUUAGAGGGGUAUCAUCUUCCACAGAUAUAUCGUCUGAUAGUUCUAGGAGUUCAUCAAAAUUGGUAUUAUCUCAUUCCUCUGCAUCAUCGGGCACUUCAAGCAGUCACCUUGGAAUUGAGAACUUCACCUUUGAGAAAAUUUACAAGGCAACAGCAAAGUUCUCUCCAGACAAUAAGAUUGGGGAAGGUGCGUUUGGAACAGUUUACAAGGGAAGGCUUUCUGAUGGAUCCCUUGUGGCUGUGAAGCGUGCCAAGAAGGAUUUACAAAACAAAAACUUAGCUGAGUUCAAGAAUGAAAUAAACACAUUGUCAAAAAUUGAGCACAGAAACCUUGUAAGGUGGCGUGGGUAUUUGGAGCAUGGAGAUGAAAAGAUUAUUGUUAUUGAAUAUGUUAAUAAUGGAACCCUUCGACAACAUUUAGAUGGUCUUAGAGGAAAUGGACUAGAAAUUGGUGAGCGGCUGGACAUAGCCAUAGAUAUAGCGCAUGGAAUUACUUACCUUCACAUGUACACAGAUCAUCCAAUUAUUCAUAGGGACAUCAAAGCAUCAAAUAUCUUAAUCACGGAUAAGCUAAAGGCCAAAGUAGCAGACUUUGGUUUUGCUCGGUUGGGUGCAGAAGACCCUUCUGCAACCCAUAUUUCGACCCAAAUCAAAGGAACAGCUGGUUACAUAGAUCCUGAUUACAUGCGAACACGACAUUUAUCCGAAAAGAGUGAUGUAUAUUCCUUUGGUGUGUUGCUUGUUGAAAUGAUGACAGGACGACAUCCAGUUGAACCAAAGAGACCUCCUAGUGAGAGAGUUACAAUUGUAUGGGCAAUGCAGAUGUUGAGACAAGGAGAAAUUGUUAUUGCCAUGGAUCCAAGGGUCAGGAGAAAUCCAGCCUCUACAAAAGCAGUACAGAAGGUUCUCAAGCUAGCUUUCCAAUGCCUUGCACCGGCUAGGCGGUCACGGCCAUCCAUGAAGAGUUGUGCAGAGGUUCUGUGGGCAAUCCGCAAAGAUUUUACAGAUAAAACAUCUUCUCAUCCUCAUCAUGGUUCUCACCAUUCUGCAGAUUUCCCUCAAAGAGAUACCAGGAGGAAUAGGCAUAAGACAUAUGGUAUUGAAAAUGGUAAAGGCUACAACAAGUUUAUUGUUGAGGCUGGAAGGUGUGAUUUGUUUGUAACCCAAAUGGGUGAGAUUGCGAAGUUAAGGGAAAACCAACAGCUUGAAUUUAAGGGUACGCUAGUUUUGUCUUCUGUUUUGCGUUCAUCUGUUGCAUUGCAUCGUUUGUAUAACAGUUUGAGGUGUUUUUGUGUGGCUUUCUUCCCAUUCUCACUCUGCGCUCUCUCUUACUCAUCCUCUUCCCUGCGCUUCUCUGUUCGUGCCACUUCUUCUCGAGCAAUGGCAUCACAUAUUAUUGGUUAUCCACGCAUGGGACCCAAGAGAGAGCUUAAGUUUGCCUUGGAAUCAUUUUGGGAUGGAAAGAGUAGUGUCGAGGAGCUGCAGAAGGUUUCUGCGGACCUUAGGUCAGUCAUCUGGCAGCAUAUGGCUGAAGCUGGAACAAAGUAUAUUCCAAGCAACACCUUCUCAUACUACGAUCAAGUAUUGGACACAACGGCCAUGCUUGGGGCAGUUCCUGCUAGAUAUAAUUGGAAUGGUGGGGAGAUUGGGUUUGAUGUUUACUUCUCAAUGGCAAGAGGGAAUGCAUCCGUACCAGCUAUGGAAAUGACCAAGUGGUUUGACACCAACUACCAUUAUAUUGUUCCUGAAUUGGGUCCAGAUGUUAAAUUCUCCUAUGCAUCACACAAAGCUGUGGUUGAGUACAAAGAGGCCAAAGAUUUGGGCAUUGAUACUGUACCUGUGCUUGUGGGACCUGUAUCUUACUUGCUGCUGUCAAAACCAGCAAAGGGUGUGGAGAAGUCAUUUUCCCUUCUUUCCCUAAUUGACAAGAUCCUUCCUGUCUACAGGGAGGUUGUGGCUGAACUGAAGGCAGCUGGUGCUACUUGGAUCCAGUUUGAUGAACCUACCCUUGUGAAGGAUCUCGAUGCCCACCAGUUACAAGCAUUUACUCAUGCCUAUACAGAACUAGAAUCAAGUUUAUCUGGUUUGAAUGUUCUGAUUGAGACAUACUUUGCUGAUGUCCCUGCUGAGGCAUACAAAACACUCACCUCUUUGAAGGCUGUUACUGCGUAUGGGUUUGACAUUGUUCGUGGAACAAAGACCCUUGAUUUGAUCAAGCAAGGAUUUCCAUCUGGAAAAUUUCUUUUUGCUGGUGUUGUUGAUGGAAGAAAUAUUUGGGCCAAUAAUCUUGCAUCAUCUCUGAACACCUUGCAAGAACUUGGGGACAUUGUUGGGAAUGACAAGGUUGUGGUUUCCACAUCCUGUUCUCUUCUUCACACUGCAGUGGAUCUUGUGAACGAGACCAAGUUGGACCAAGAGAUAAAAUCUUGGCUUGCAUUUGCGGCACAAAAAGUUGUUGAAGUAAAUGCCUUGGCCAAGGCAUUGUCUGGACAGAAGGAUGAGGUUUACUUUUCUGCUAAUGCUGCAGCCUUGGCUUCAAGGAAGUCCUCCCCAAGGGUGACAAAUGAGGCUGUCCAAAAGGCCGCUGCAGCUCUAAAGGGCUCCGAUCAUCGCAGGGUCACAAAUGUUAGUGCCAGGUUGGAUGCUCAACAGAAGAAACUGAAUCUUCCUAUUCUUCCAACCACUACAAUUGGAUCUUUCCCUCAGACUGCAGAUCUUAGAAGAGUUCGCCGUGAAUUCAAGGCUAACAAGAUCUCUGAGGAAGAAUAUAUCCGUUUCAUUAAGGAGGAAAUUAACAAUGUUGUGAAGCUCCAGGAAGAACUUGACAUUAGUGUCUUGGUGCAUGGAGAGCCUGAGAGGAAUGACAUGGUUGAGUACUUUGGAGAGCAAUUGUCUGGCUUUGCUUUUACUGCCAAUGGGUGGGUGCAAUCAUAUGGAUCCCGAUGUGUCAAACCUCCCAUCAUUUAUGGUGAUGUGAGCCGUCCCAAGCCCAUGACUGUCUUCUGGUCUUCAACUGCUCAAAGUUUGACCAAACGACCUAUGAAAGGAAUGCUUACUGGCCCUGUUACUAUUCUGAACUGGUCCUUUGUUAGAGAUGACCAGCCAAGAUUUGAAACAUGCUACCAGAUAGCUUUGGCUAUCAAGGAUGAGGUUGAGGAUCUUGAGAAAGCUGGUAUUACUGUCAUCCAGAUUGAUGAGGCUGCUCUAAGAGAAGGUUUACCUCUUAGGAAGUCUGAGGAGGCUUUCUAUCUAAACUGGGCAGUUCACUCAUUUAGGAUUACCAAUUGUGGUGUGAAAGACACCACUCAGAUUCACACUCAUAUGUGCUACUCCAACUUCAAUGACAUCAUUCACUCAAUCGUAGACAUGGACGCUGAUGUGAUCACCAUUGAGAACUCCAGAUCAGAUGAGAAGUUACUUUCAGUCUUCCGCGAGGGAGUGAAAUAUGGUGCUGGCAUUGGUCCAGGCGUUUAUGAUAUUCACUCACCCAGGAUUCCACCCACCGAUGAAAUUGCUGACAGGAUCAACAAGAUGCUUGCAGUUCUUGAAAGCAACAUUCUCUGGGUCAACCCAGAUUGUGGCCUUAAGACACGCAAGUACACUGAGGUCAAACCUGCUCUUACCAAUAUGGUUGCUGCUGCCAAACUUAUUCGCGACCAGUUAGCUAGUGCCAAGUGA